AUGCUGACGGUUUAUGCGCGUCUAACAAUGGGGAAGAACACAUAUGAAAUGGUGAAGCAUCAAAUUACAAUAGGUCGGAGUUCAGCCAUUCACCCUGUGGAUAUUGAUAUAGGCUCUUCUUCUUACGUUUCCCGUCAACAUUUAGAAAUAACCUGGAAUACUGAUUGCCUGAAACUGAAGUGUAAAGGCAAGAAUGGAAUUUUUAUUGACCGGACAUUUCGACCGUACAGUUCCUACUUUCUCUCUAUUCCACCGAGAUGUGUUCUUCGAUUCCCAAGCACAUCUAUUUGCAUCCAAAUAGAACAAUGUUGCAUGCCUUUUGAAAAGAGUAGUAGUUGUACAGAUUACAUAUAUUCCUUUGAACUGGAUUCAUACGAGUCUGCGAAUAGUUUUUCAUCUGUGGUCAGUGAUAAUCAACCUUCUCCAAGUAUGAGUUCAAAGACGUCCAAUUUUAUUGAACCCCCAGAAAGUUCAAGUGCAACAACCAGUCGCACACGUCGCAAACAAGCACUAAUGCCGGCUUGUAGAACAACUUAUGGCAACGUUCACCACUCUACUGUACAGAAAAACACAUCUGAUGCUAUAUCUUUUUGUGAAGUAAAUAUCACCUCAGAUACGAGUCAGCAAAGUAAAAAUGAUGAUGAUGCAACAGAGACUGAUAUACGUCAACAAACAGAUAGUAUUGUUAAUAAUACUAACAUUCAUUAUAUUCAUCUGAAAUCUAAAUUUGACCCCUCUUUUUCAAAUGCGGGUUCUAUUAGUGAUGGCACUAUUCCCGUCAAUUCGCCACAAAGCUCUGUGUCUGCACCUGUUGUUCACUUGGCAACAUUCCCAGCUGUAGAACGUGGUGAUCAGUUCACAAAACCACCAUAUUCGUAUGCUCAACUUAUUGCUCAGGCAAUUGCAAGUCAACCAGAUCGUAAACUUACAUUGAGUGGAAUUUAUGAUUUCAUUAGUAGAAAUUAUUCAUAUUAUCAAUUAGCUGAUAAAGGCUGGCAAAAUUCAGUUAGACAUAACUUAUCACUUAAUUCUCAGUUCGUAAAAAUUCCUCGUUCACAAGAAGAUCAUGGUAAGGGUUGUUUUUGGAGAAUCGAUCCAGAGCAUGAAGCAAAAUUACUAAAUAUUGCUUUCCGCAAACGUCGUGUCAGAGCCUGUGAUACAACUUCAUUUUUAUCAAACAACAGAUAUCCAUUAACAUCAUUGCCUUCCAAUGGGAAAUUUUAUAACUAUAUUAUUGCAAAAUCAUUAAUAAAUCAGUCACACAAUAAUCCAAUAAUAAUGUCAACAAGUGGUGUCCAUUUACAAAAGUCAUGUAAACGAUUAAAUAAAUCUCCUGAUCAACUAAAAACUCCGUACAAACUUGCAUUAUCGUCGUCAUCACUUAAUGUAAAUGUACAACAUACACCAUUAUCUGAAAACAAGGAGGAUAAUUUUAAUGUGAUUACUUUUCAACCUGUCGUCCAUAGUUUAGUUCCAGUCAAUCAAGCUUCCUCUUCCUUCUUACGGCUUAUGAACACUAGACCCGUAAUAACAACUAAUUUCAAGUCAAGUGAUCUAAAAGCAGACCAGUGCAGCAUUUCAUCUUUUCGUACUGGUUCUGUUGUUGUACAACACCCAACUUAUUCUUUGCCAUCACACUCCAGUCCCACCCAGGUUACAACAGUGUUCCACAAGAACAGUACUGGUACAAAUUGA